AUGAAACCCAAAGGAACUCGCUCUCUUACGGCUUGCAUUCAAUGUAGGAAAGCAAAAAUAAAAUGCACUAACUUCAAUUCCAAUGUUGGAUGUGAUGAAUGUGAAAAACGUCAAUUGAAAUGUAUAAUGGAUCCAUACCGUAAAAAACGCG